GAGAAAAGUACAAAGAUUAGUGUCCAUAAAGCCAUUGUAACUGCCUACUUUUUCAUAUAGAUUUGAAUUAUGUAUGGAUCAUCUACCGCUUGCGAAACCCACCUGAAAUUCCUUGAACGAUUCCAUCAGCGCUGCUUCCGUACAAUUCUAAACAUCCACUGGACUGAUUACGUGACUAAUGUGACCGAUCCUGAACAGGUAGGAACUACCAGUAUUGAGCUCAUGCGGCUGAAAACCCAGCUGCGCUGGACAGGUACGUUUCUAGGAUUAAAGUUUGUUCAAGAUUGUGCUCUAUGAUGAAUUCACCAUCAA